AUGGACAAAUUCUAUCUAAAAAACGCAGCCGUCUACAAAAAGUUGGUAGAUUCACUCGACUUUACCAAGCCGGCCCCGCAUUUUAGCCGCCACGAAGCGACGUCCGUCGAAGAAGAAGGUCAAACCAUCAUGUCGGAAAAACUCAACCCAGAUAUAAUCAUCGGCGCUCGAAUUCGUCCGAUGCUAGAGACAGACAUCGCAGCAGGCUUCCCAUGCGCAGUACACCCACGUGCACCCGAUGAGAACGGAGCUCAGAUUGUGGAUCUCCAUGAUCUUUAUCAUCAUCCCACACGGCCUCCCAUGCUAAAGUCUUCCAAAUAUCAAGUCGAUAGACUCUUCGAUGCCGAAACAACCACGGAGGAAAUCUACGAGAAUCUCAUUGCCGAUCUUGUGACUUUUGCUCAGGGAGGAGGGAUAGGGACGCUCUUUGCUUACGGCCAGACUGGUUCUGGAAAGACAUUUACGAUUAGUCAACUUCAGAAAUUGGCGGUUUCAUCACUGAUGAGCGAUGCGGAUGAUGAACAGGAAGUCUACAUUACAAUCUGUGAUCUUGCUGGAAAGGCUGCUUUCGACUUACUGGCCUCUCGGCAACCGAUAUCGAUCCUUCAAGAUGCGUCUGGAGCAACGCAAUUGGCGGGCGCGGUGGAACAUCGUGUAUACGACGGAGGCGAAGUGCUGGAUUUGCUCGAUGAGGCUGCGUCUUUUCGACAAACGGCUUCGACGGUCAAGAAUGAUGCUUCUUCUCGCUCUCAUAGCAUUUGUCGGAUUCGGAUCGGAAAUUCUGCGGCGCCGAAAGGGGAAAGUGGAUUCCUCUACCUGGUUGAUUUGGCGGGGUCAGAAGCUGCUCGAGAUGUGGCGGAGCAUGGAGCCGAUCGGAUGCGUGAGACGAGGGAGAUUAACAUGAGUUUGUCUGUGUUGAAAGAUUGA